UGUGCUUUAUGACGAAUCAAUGUUACGGAGGGAUUAUUGAAAAACGAUGGGGAUUUCAAGGGCGUCGGUGUGUCUGGAACGACUCGUACGUGAAUAAGGAUGACGUGCCAUCUACCGCACGUUCUCUCACUCAACAGUCUCAACACUUCAGUACUGUCAAAAUGGCGCUCAAGGCACAAGUCGGUCAAAAGAUUAUGAACGAAGUGAUCAAGCAGAAGAAGAAAACUCCUGGAGUCGAAUGGCGAAUUCUCGUGGUCGAUCAAUUAGCGAUGAGAAUGGUAUCGGCAUGUUGCAAAAUGCACGAUAUCAGUGCCCAGGGCAUUACACUCGUAGAGGAUAUAAACAAGAAACGGGAGCCGCUUGGAACGAUGGAGGCGAUCUAUUUGAUAACACCUUGCAAUCCAUCGGUACAAAAGCUCAUCGAGGAUUUCAGCAACCCAACGAGAACUACUUACAAAGCUGCCCAUGUUUAUUUCACUGAAGUGUGCCCGGAGGAGCUGUUCAAUGAACUCUGCAAGUCCCUCGCUGCUAAAAAGAUCAAAACCCUGAAAGAGAUCAACAUCGCGUUCCUGCCUUACGAGUCGCAGGUGUUCUCGCUCGAUUCUCGCGAAACAUUCGCCUGUAUGUACAAUCCUUCGUUCAUUAAUCUGAGAAACGCGAAUAUGGAACGUAUUGCUGAACAAAUCGCUACACUUUGCGCAACCCUUGGCGAAUAUCCGUCAGUCAGAUAUCGAAGUGACUUUGACCGUAACGUGGAAUUAGCGCAAAUGGUUCAGCAGAAAUUGGACGCUUACAAAGCCGAUGAGCCAACAAUGGGUGAAGGGCCUGAAAAAUCACGCUCCCAACUUCUCAUUCUCGAUCGUGGCUUCGAUUGUGUUUCUCCAAUUUUACAUGAAUUGACACUACAAGCAAUGGCUUAUGAUCUUUUGGAAAUCGAGAAUGACGUUUACAGGUAUGAAGCUACAGCUGGUCAAGCGGAGAAGGAGGUUUUGCUUGAUGAAAAUGACGAAUUGUGGGUCGACCUGCGACACCAACAUAUUGCUGUUGUUUCGCAAAACGUAACGAAAAAUCUAAAGAAAUUCACCGAGUCGAAGAGAAUGCCGCAGGGUGACAAGCAAAGCAUGAGGGAUUUGUCUCAAAUGAUUAAAAAGAUGCCGCAGUAUCAGAAAGAGCUUAGCAAGUACGCGACGCAUUUGCAUCUCGCCGAGGACUGCAUGAAACGUUACCAGGGCAACGUCGACAAAUUGUGCAAAGUUGAACAGGAUUUGGCAAUGGGCACCGAUGCCGAGGGCGAAAGAAUCAAAGAUCAAAUGCGCAACAUUACUCCAAUUCUUCUGGAUCAAACAGUCAACAAUCUAGACAAACUACGCAUUAUUGCUCUCUACGUUCUCAGCAAGAAUGGCAUUCAAGAUGCUGAUUUAAACAGGCUCGUUCAUCAUGCUCAGAUCUCAGCCGAUGACAAACAGACGAUCGUUAACAUAGCUCAACUUGGUGUCAACGUUGUCGUUGAGGGACCUCGUAAGAAAGGAUACACGGUGCCACGCAAGGAAAGAAUCACCGAGCAAACUUAUCAAAUGAGCCGAUGGACUCCUGUCGUGAAAGACAUAAUGGAGGACUCGAUCGAGGAUAAAUUAGAUACGAAACAUUUCCCAUUCCUGGCCGGUCGUACAGCUAGUACCGGAUAUCACGCUCCUACGAGCGUUCGAUAUGGACAGUGGCACAAGGACAAAGGUCAACAAACUUUGAAAAACGUACCUCGUCUGAUCGUGUUCAUCGUCGGUGGCGUUUGUUUCUCUGAAAUUCGUUGCGCUUACGAAGUAACGAACGCGAUGAAAAAUUGGGAGGUCAUAAUUGGAUCUUCACACAUAAUAACACCAAAAUCUUUCUUAUCGGAUUUGAGCAAACUUCACGUUUAAAUGUGCAGGACUUAAAAAAUCUCGACUGGAAGAAUAUCCCCGGAACGAGAUUUGCUGGGAAUAUAUCUCUGAAAAAUUCACCGCUCGAUCUUGUUAACCACAAGAUAAUAGGGACAUCGAGCUUAAACAGUAAAGAAGAAAAUUAACAACGGCUCGUUAAGGGAAACGCGGAAAGAAGCCUGUCGGUACCUUUCUUCCCCAAUCAGUGGAUAAUGUUAACUUAGAAAAUACUCGGAAGUCAAUUCGGUAGAUGAAUUUUCAUCGUUAGCCGUGACAGAUUCGUCUGAUGUGAGCGUAGCUAUUGUUUUUUUAGACUACGAACGAAUUGACCGAAUCAAACAAUGAUGAAAUGAAAAUCGAUGGAUAAAUUUUAAUUUGCAAAAAUGUGAACGAGUCUCUGAAAGCAAAUUCAGAUCCAGAUUACGAUAAACUAAAAUUCUAGUAGACUUUUCAGUCCAAAAUAGAAUUUGUUUAAUUUUUUUGCAAAAAAUAUUUCUUGUUCAGGGGUCUUUCUUGGGGUACGGCCGAAUUUAUUCAAGUGCCUGUUCGACAACGUGUUUUCGUGACUGUAACAGAUUUUGUGGUAGUAAAGACGAAAUUCGUUCCAACUUGAGGUGGGAAAGCAAUAGAUGAAGAUAAAAGGAGAGGAAAAACGUCAACGUUCCCUGUUUAUGUGUGCACGAAGAAUUUUUCUUAAUGUCAGCCAAUUUGGAAUACAAUUUUUUUAAUCUUUGAGGGAGUUUACUUAAAGUUGAUCAAAAUAUUGAAAAAUUAGAAUAGUAGACAAAUUUUGCUGGGAUUAAGGAAAAUCACGUGACAACCAAGUUAUCAUUUGGGCUAGCGUGUUUGGGCGUGCGAAAAAAAGGUGAAUAGUCUAGGAUAUUUCUUCCGUCGUCGUUUCAGAAGAUAUCCGAGGAACCCGUUGUACAUUAUUUGUUAUUUAUAUAUUCUCUUAACGUUGCUCUUGUAAAUGCCACAAACUUUCUAAUGCGUAGAUUUGACCUUACGAAGCUUAAAAGUGGGGAAAUUUGUCGAAAUUAUAAUCGACAUAAAAAAGGAGCGAUUUCCGUGAACUUUAUGAAAUAUCAGUAUUGAAUAUUCAUUCUACAGAGAAAUUUUAAUGCGAACAUCUGUAUAGAAUGAACAAUACACGAAUACGCAUUUUUCUUUGACUUACAAAAAUAACAAAGCUUGAAAACAAUUCCGAAGAUAAAAACUUUCGCAAUUAGAUCGCUAAGAACAAUUCCUUGAUAAGAAAACAAACAAAAAAAACUCAAUUUAAGAUUUCUCUUGAUCUAUUUCACGACUAAUAAUUCUUCGAUCAGUGCACGAGGCGUCAUAUCUGUGAAUGAUAAAAAAAAACCAAAAUGAAUAAAUCUACAAGAAAAUUAUUUGCGUCAAGAAAGAAAUGGGAAAUUUAUUUUCACUAUUUCCAAACGACCCCAUUAAUUAAUAUUUUCAAAACCCACGUUAAUCACAAUUGCUUCGUUUUCAAAUGAAUUUAUUUUGUGCCGGCAUAUAAAAUGCUUUUCAUUCUGCCAACGGAUCAAAACUUUUUCCAAUCGGAAUUGGAAUACGCAAAAGCGUGAGAAUAUUUAAAAGUUCAACGAAACAAAUAUAGUCGCCAAUAAUCUGUAGCACUUGCUAAUCAAUCGAAUUAAUGACAUAAACUCUGUCAAUGUAAUCUCGAAGAAAACGUAAAAACUGUGGACGAAAUAGACAGCAGUGAAUAAUACCGAAACUCAAUACCGUAGGGGAUCACUUUUUUGGUCAAAUGGAAGUUUGCCUGUUACCUUGCUCGUUCGUAACUUAAAUGAAGUAUGUUAAAUGAUUAUCAAAGUUGCAUGUCGCAUACAGCGACUGAAUUAUUAUUAUAGAGUUUACGAAUAUUUAUAAAAAAACAACAAAUCUACAUGAAUAUAUGUACGUAGUUGUAAACCAAACGAAGUGUUCUGCUUAUAAAGGCCUACGCAUCUGAGUGUAAAA